GGUCGGCUUCUCCUCCCACCGCCCACCUUCCUUUAGCAGGGCGGCAGCUCGAAGGGGUUGUGGGGCUUGUGGGAUCGUUCCGUACCGGGUUGCGCGGCGGAUCUGGGCUCUCCUAAGCCGCUGUGCUUGCAGGCAAAGUGAAUGGGAUUUGUGCCAUGGUGUUUGCACUAGUGACACACUGGAAGGGACCUGUGUUCAAGGCUUUUCAUUAUCUGUCUCUGCUUCUUCCCCCUGUUUGCAUGUGCAUUGGAGUAGUGGGUGUUCCAGUCCUGGCAGGAGUUAAACCAACCUCCUGCAAACAUGGCAGACGAGGACCUGAUUUUUCGUAUGGAAGGGAUUGAUAAUGCCAGAACGACUCCAGGGGACUCUGGGAAUUAUCUUGAUGCUGAUAGUGAUGAUGAAGACAAUUAUUUUAUCUGUCCAAUAACUGAUGAUCCAGUUUCUAACAAGUCUGCCAAUACCAAAGUAGACAAUUAUUACAGCAGCUUAGCAAAAACUGAGCAGUACAGUUCAAGUUCAUCUCCCAGAAGCUUUAGCUUUAAGAAUGACACACAACAUCGUUCUAAGCAUGGCUCUGUGGUUGACCAUGGUCGGGAGACCUGGAAGCAUGCUAUUGAGAAAGCCAAGCACAUGCCUGAUCCCUGGGCAGAAUUUCAUCUGGAGGACGUUGAGACAGAGCAUGCCACUCGUUACAGGUACAAUGCUGUUACUGGGGACUGGGUUGAAGAUGAAGUCCUUAUCAAGAUGGCUUCUCAACCUUUUGGCCGUGGAGCAAUGCGAGAGUGUUUCAGAACAAAAAAGCUGUCCAACUUCUUACACACUCAGAACUGGAAAGCUGCCUAUAAUUAUGUUGCCAAGCAAUACAUAGAGAGUGUGAGCAGGGAUGUUUAUUUUGAGGAUGUUCGACUGCAGAUGGAAGCAAAACUCUGGGGAGAAGAGUACAACCGGCACAAGCCACCAAAACAGGUGGAUAUAGUGCAGACCUGUAUUAUUGAAAUGAAGAACAGGCCUGGAAAGCCUCUCUUCCAUCUGGAACAUUACAUUGAGGGCAAAUACAUCAAAUACAACUCAAAUUCUGGAUUUGUGCGAGACGACAACAUUCGUCUAACUCCACAAGCCUUCAGUCACUUCACUUUUGAGCGCUCAGGACACCAGCUCAUUGUUGUUGAUAUCCAGGGAGUUGGAGAUCUUUACACAGACCCUCAGAUCCAUACAGAGAGUGGUGCAGAUUUUGGAGAUGGAAACCUAGGUGUUCGAGGUAUGGCCUUGUUCUUUCAUUCUCAUUUCUGCAACAACAUCUGCAAAAGCAUGGGGCUUGCACCAUUUGAUCUUUCAUCCAAAGAGAAAGAUGCCUUGGAUUAUAAUAAAAAAUUGCUUGAAUCUGCUCAAACAAUUCUCCGUGGCACGGAGGAGAAGUGCGGCAGCAGCCGGGUGAGGACGGUGUCCGGGAGCCGCCCCCCCCUGCUCUUCCGCCUGUCUGAAAACUCCGGGGAUGAAAGCAUGAGCGAUGUGGCAUUUGACUCCCUGCCCUGUUCUCCCUCCUCUGCAACUCCUCACAGCCACAAGGUGGACAUGCUUAAUUGGCCUGUGUUCAGUGAAGUAGAUAACUUGGAUCAGCUUGACAACAAAAGGGAUUUUGAAAAUGGUGGAGACAGUGGGUAUCCCAGUGAAAAGAGAAGUGAGACAGAAGAUCUGGAUCAUAGAGAGAGGGGCCAUUCAAACAACAACCGGAGGCAGGAGUCUGAUGAAGACAGUUUGGGAAGCUCAGCAAGGAUCAGUGUGGAGAAGUGGAAUCUUUACAAUUCUUCCAGAGUCCACAUCCACAGACCGUCCUGUGUUGCCCAAGAAAUUCAGAGGCUCAAUGCACUAGAACUUGAAAAGAAAAUUGGGAAGUCAGUCCUUGGAAAGGUGCACCUGGCCAUGGUUCGUUAUCAUGAGGGCGGGCGCUUCUGUGAGAAGGACAAGGAAUGGGAUCGGGAGUCAGCCCUGUUCCACCUGGAGCAUGCUGCAGACUGUGGGGAGCUGGAAGCCAUCGUUGGGUUAGGCCUCAUGUGCUCUCAGCUGCCACAUCACAUUCUGUCUGAGGUCACUCUUGAGGAUACAAAGGAGAACAGAAAUAAAGGAUUUAAUUACUUGCUGAGAGCAGCAGAAGCUGGAGACCGGCCUUCCAUGAUUCUGGUAGCAAGAGCAUAUGAUACAGGUGUAAAUCUUGGUGCAGACAGGGCCCAGGACUGGAAGGAGGCACUUCACUGGUACAACGCCGCGCUGAACAUGACCGACUACGAUGAGGGAGGUGAAUAUGAUGGCACUCAGGAUGAGCCACGGUAUCUGCUCCUGGCCAGGGAAGCAGAGAUGUUAAUGAUGGGAGGGUUCAACCUGGAUAAGGAUCCACAGAGAUCAGGUGAGCUUUACACAGAAGCAGCAGAAGCAGCCAUGGAAGCCAUGAAGGGCAGACUGGCAAAUCAAUACUACCAGAAAGCAGAAGAGGCUUGGGCGAUGAUGGAAGAAUGACACUGAAAUUGAGCAGUUCUUGUAUAUAAAUUUGUUAUAGACUUGCUGCAUUUGCAGCUACAAAGAUGUAUUUUUAUGUGAUGUUACCAGGUUGUUACUUUUCCUAUUUUAGUUUUAUAUUU